UUUUUCUGGGCACUUUUCUUCCCAGUCGGGGGUAUGAUGACGGUGUUCCUUUAGAGACCUCGAAACCUAGUCAAAGAGUGAGAAACCCGACACUGGAGCGGGAGGGUGGUCAGAAUGGGAUAUAGAUAGCAGGUCAGUCAUUGUGAAUGCAAUCUGAUCCCCGGCUGUCCCACUGACACAGUGCAACCAAUUGGUAUUGAAAAUAAAUAAAUGUGGCAAUUAUCCUUGGAUCGACGCCUUCUCCCCACUCUGUGUAGCGGGGAUAUCACAGCCACUCCCGGAUCGGAGGAAUUCUGCGCUUAAGGAUUCAAAUUGGUAGCGACAGUUAAAAAUAAAUAUGCGCCCGCAAGAAGCAGCGAUCAUCUGUGUCACAAGCGGUCCCUUCCCACAACACACAAAACCGAGCCAUAGCAACACACCGUGGGCAGAGUGAUGUCAAACUAAUCCAAACCCAUCUGAAGGGUUCCAUUUGGAAAGGCACUCGUCCGGACCGGGAAUUCGCUGGAGGAUACGCUUAAACACUCGGUUCCCGAUCCUCGAACGAGGGAGAGAGAAAGAGAGAGAGAGAGAAUAAAGGAGGGAGGGCGGCCGUGGAUUUGGGAGAGAUGGUCUUGCAAGAUUAAAGAAGGCUGCUCGCUUUUAAAAGGUCAGCCAGGAAAAGUUACAGUUGUACAUGCAAUUAAGACAACAACAAAAAACUUGCAAAAGCCUGCGGGCUGAUUUAAAUCUCUCUCUUACACACACACACAGACACAAACACACGUCCCAGGAUCUGGCUCGGACUUCGCUCAUCUGACCAGGAAUUCAUAAAAACUCAAAGCCCGGCGACAGACAGAACGAAAAACCUCCCAACGGGGCAUGGGGCAAGUAAAGGGAGUCGGUAACACUGAGUAAACCAUGGGUCUACAGAGGGCGAUUUUCUGGACUUUACUGUUUCAUAUCAUCUUGCCCUGUGUUUCAUCAUUGCUUUCAGCUCUGCUAGAACAGUACUGUGAGGCCUUAUCAUCUUUAUACAAUAUUACAGGUAUUUACUGUAAUUCGACAACCGAUCAGAUAGGAACUUGCUGGCCGAGGACACGAGCAGGACAGCUUGUAGCGAGACCUUGCCCCGAGUAUUUCAAUGGGGUUAAAUACAACACCACAAGAAGUGUGUACAGAGAAUGUACCGAAAAUGGAACAUGGGCCUCUAGAAUCAAUUACUCCCACUGUGAGCCCAUCUUAGAGGAGAAGAGGAAAUAUCAACUCCACUACAAGAUUGCACUGAUCAUCAACUAUCUGGGUCACUGCAUCUCGGUUGGAGCCCUCAUAGUCGCAUUUAUCCUUUUCCUUUGUCUGAGAAGCAUCAGAUGCCUUCGGAAUAUUAUUCAUUGGAACUUGAUAACCACGUUCAUACUGAGGAAUAUCAUGUGGUUCCUGUUGCAAAUGAUCGACCACCAGAUACACGAGAACAAUGAGCCCUGGUGCCGUCUUAUCACAACUAUCUUCAACUACUUUGUGGUGACUAAUUUCUUCUGGAUGUUUGUCGAAGGGUGCUAUCUCCACACAGCUAUAGUGAUGACCUACUCUACAGACAAACUGCGCAAAUGGAUAUUCCUGUUCAUUGGAUGGUGUAUACCCUGUCCUAUCAUUGUCGCCUGGGCCAUAGGCAAAUUAUAUUAUGAAAAUGAACAAUGCUGGUUUGGAAAAGUACCAGGGAAAUAUAUGGACUAUGUCUAUCAGGGGCCAGUGAUACUCGUACUGCUGGUUAACUUUGUCUUUCUCUUCAACAUUGUGAGGAUCCUGAUGACUAAGCUGAGGGCAUCGACCACAUCAGAGACAAUGCAGUACAGGAAAGCAGUGAAGGCAACUUUGGUUCUGUUACCCCUUCUUGGCAUCACUUACAUGUUGUUCUUCGUCAACCCAGGCGAAGAUGACAUCUCUCAAAUUGUUUUCAUCUACUUUAAUUCAUUUCUGCAAUCCUUUCAGGGUUUCUUUGUCUCUGUGUUCUACUGUUUCCUGAAUGGUGAGGUACGUUCUGCUGCAAGGAAGAGAUUGCAUCGAUGGCAAGACAAUCAUACCCUUCGAGUUCGGGUUGCCCGGGCUAUGUCAAUACCAACCUCACCCACAAGAAUCAGUUUUCACAGCAUAAAACAGACAACUGGUGUCUGACUCCAGGAGACUGAGCAUUCGUUUCUUUGAAUCUUUCACAAUGUUUUCCUUCAAUAUUGAAGUAAUUUGUUUAUGGAUUGCUGUGCACAUUUGAAACAAACAAUGGUGAACAGGAGAAGCCGAAGAUGAAAGGCCCAUCACAACAAAAUGAAACUGUACUCUCGGAGUGGAUCAAGCUUUAAUUUUCCUUCAAACAGCCAGCAUCAAAAUGGAAAAGUAGGAAGUGUGAGUCUGCAUUAAUCUCGAUCAUGUGGGGAACUGAGAUGCUAUUUGCAGCUCACUUAACUUUUGUCUGCAGUCAAAGCUUGGCAUGGGGGAAUGUCACAACUUCAAGGCAAGAAUAAAAGUUGUUUCAGAGCUUUAUUCCAUGGCUUUCAUCUUCUAUCCCCAAUCUCUUGUACAAAUACCUAAUUUCCUUCUGGAAAACUGCUUUGAAUUGUCAUAUGGGAAUCUGUAAAAUAAGAAGUCAGAAGAUAACAAAUGUUGACUUCCAAUACCGCCAAGAAGACCUUUCAAGGUUCAAAACAUCAGCCUAACUUGAAAGAAGUUUUGAUGGAAUGAAGGUCUGUUCCAAGCCCCACACCUUACAACCAAUUCUAUCUGUGCUGCCUAUCGGUGUAGUAAACCUCAUAUGUAGAAAGGACACCUAAUUUGUCAAAUGUAUCCAGCAGUGACACACACAACAGAACUCUGUCUGAUAUCUAUGGAGCUAAAACAAUUUUAAGUUAAAUCACUGGUCCAGAAUCAGUGUAAAUUGAAAAUGAAUGGAUCAUUAGGUUCUGUGAAUCAAGAAAGAAGUCACUGUGUAUUAUUCCACAGUGCUAACUAGAACAUAUCUCACUCAAACAAUAGAAACGAAGGCAGACAAUUUCUAACCUAUUUAAUGAGUUUUAUUUUGCUGAAUAGUGAAAUACUAUAGACCAUGGUUGUUUAAUAAUCAGUUGACCCAACAGAUCGAAUAUUUGGAAUUGACCUGUUGAUAUUUCUGUAUGUCUCAAAACACAAGAUUAUGAGAUCUUCAGCCCUGGAACAUUCAUUUUGUUGAAAUGGAGAUGGUCAUCUGAAUUGAUCCAUAAUCAGCAUACUUAAUAUUGAAGCCUAGCCAGGAUUAUCAAACUUUGAUUACCAGCAACGUGGAAGAUAAAUGAAGAGACCACAUCAAGGGGAUUACCUCCUUGUGGCAGCUAACUAGAUACAGAAAAAUAAAAGCAUCACUCAGCCGUACAGCCAUUCCCCACUGAAGAGAUUCUUAUCAAGACAAUUUACAUCUUGCCUAAAUGUUUUGCUAUGUGAGCUGUUGUUUCUUGUUUGCAGUUAGCAUCAUUUCCUUUUGGGGUGAAGUGUCUAAGGCAGCACUGAAGUGUUAAAAGUGUCUUGUUUCAUAUAUAUUGUGAACAAUCAUAACAAUAUUCACAUCAAAACAAUCAGGAUAUUUUGGCAGCAUUCUCAUAUUUAUAGCUAAUUUUCAUGAAGCGCAGGUGAAUGUUGGAAGAGUUAACGCUGAGUGCACUUUGAUCGUGAUUAAAGAUUAACAUGCUUCAUCACACUUUAACCCAUUACAUAUUCAGUGAUCCUCAUGGAAAUUGGAGCUAAUUUAAAUAGCUGAGUGCAACUUUUUAAAUUGCAAACAAUCUUACCCUACAUCCAGAUUGUGUUUUAGUUUAAGUUUGUCACACUAUUUCCAAUUCUAACUUUAUUUCAUAGGAUUUAUAUUGACUGCUUUUAAUCAGCCUUCCCUUUCUCUACCAGUCUACCGGCAAAUUAAAAAGCUAAGGUUUGGAUUUCCUUUUCUUUACUUUUAAUUGUUUUCUCAUUAUUAUCUGACCAAUAUUAAUCCUAUAAUCAACCCAGCAGAAACAAGUCAGUCAUUUGUCGGAUCUUGCAAUGUACAAAGAGAUUUGUCUGCGCAAAGGGUCCACAGUUCAGUAGUAAGUUAUUGCACCUGAAAUGUUUUGGCAUGCCCUGAAAAUGUGUCAAAGAGCUGUAGAAAUGUAAGUUCCUGGUUUUUUUCAAUGUGUGGCACAAUUAGCCUUCACCUUGGUUUCUCAAGUAAAGAAAGGCCAAAUCUGUUCAGCUAACCAAAUGCCUGAGGAAGACAGAAUGUCAAUAAUUCAUAUCUGGUGGGGUUUGAGGUGGUGGAUAUUUGUGUGGUGGGGGAGAGGAGAGUUCGAAAGGACAGUUUCUGAAAAUGUUUGUCUUGCCCAUUGUUUCCAGAAAUAGGGAAAGGUCAAUGUUCUGCACAAUGGACCUUGAACAGUCACGUCUUUUAUCCACACAUGCUGGAAAAACUCUGCAGUUAAUGGAGUGCUGUAGAAACACAAUGAAUGUUUAGAAAGAAAGAUUUCUUCUUAACUACCUACAGUCUUGAAUCUAUUACAUAGAAUUUAAAGCACAAAAAUAGACCAUUUAACCUAACUAGUGCAGAUGCUGUUUGUUCAAGCCUCCUUCCAUCCUUUGUCAAUCAUUUCUAUCAGUAUAAUCCACCGUUCCCUCUCUCAGACCUUUCUCUAGCCUUUCAUUCACAUCAACCUCUCUCAGUGGUAGCAAGUUUAGAUUAGAUUGCUUACAGUGUGGAAACAGGCCCUUCGGCCCAACAAGUCCACACCAACCCUCCGAAGA